AUGUGCGGAUCGAUACCGUCCAUUAUUGCGAGCGAGAAGCGACCCUCCAUUGGCCGUAAUGGCGCCCCUAAAGACCCUCCGCAGGAACGGCUACACCUCUUCUCUAGGUCCGUCCGAGAGAAUUACUCUCUGGCUUGUCAAGUGCAAUACCUCAAGAUUCCCUACAUGACAAGGGAGGUGUGCAAAGCAGAUCUGGCACGCACUGUCUCAGUCCUGCCGAACCUCCGCUACGUUGAUUUGCCUGACGGUUUCUAUAACGAUGACCCAUCGUCGAACACUCUGAGACAGGAGCUGCAGGCUCGGUGCGGAGAUAUCCGGCAGAUGAAGUAUGCCGGCGGUGCGGAAGCGAGCUUUCAGAUGUUGGCGGGGGCAAGGCAGUGGCCGAAUUUAGAGGCACUUGAAUUAUUACAUCUUGCUAUACCGGCCACAAUCGCUGACGUCUUUGCCUCUCUCAAGGCUCUUCGCCACAUCAAGUUCACAAGUCUUCAGUCGCUCGACGACAGUAUCUUCAGCUCUUUGCACAUGAGCCCGUUUCCGCCGCUGGCAGUACUGGAAUUCCAAGAUGUCCCCAAAAUCUCAGCCAAAGGACUCUUAGCUUACCUCUCUUGCCCUAAGGCCAAACAAACUCUCAGCUCCCUAACUCUGACAAAUACUGGUGUAUUACCCUCGGAUCUCUUCCAAAUCUUGGCCGCUGCUCCCUCUCUCAUCACCCUUCGCGUUGCGGAGAGCGUAGCUCGUGCACUCCCACAGUCGCAAUCUCCACCCUUAGCUUCUUGCUCGCUUCGCAAUCUCUACUACGAGAUCUCUAGUGCAGAUUCAUCGCCUCGCGGGCUCUCAUCUCUGUCGGACAAUUACUAUAGUUACCUUUCCAGCUCCAUUCUCAGCGGUGCUUUGCCCUCUCUGUCACACCUUUACGCCCUUUCCACUGCGCUUCCGACGAUGCUCCUACCGCCUCCACAGCCCGCUUUCGCAGUGAACGGAACCAGCAAGGCAUACCGGCCUGUAACUCCUGUAGUUUCUCGCCCUCUUCGUCUGUACACCAAAGCUGUCCCUGAAAUGGAGUGGAAUCUUACCCUCAUUAGCCCUCCAACGCUAGCGGAUCGUUACGCUACCGCGACCACCACAAGACCAAUGAGUUUGUAUCUUGAUAACCAACUGAGUCCUCAGUGGAGGGACAAAGGAAGAGAGAGCGUAAUGGUAGGUAAUGGAUUUGGAGGAUUUUUGGCCGUGCCCAGUGAAGAUCCUCGGUCAGGGAGUCCAAAAGCCAAGAAGGACACAAGAGAUUUCGACGCAUGGAUGGGCUGA